UUACUUUUAUAUAUUAAAUUACUCUACUAAUGUACUACAAAUACAUGUUUGCAUUUUUUGUUUCAACUCUACUCUUUUGCCAAACUUUGUUUGCACUUCCCAGUUCCACUUUUAUCAAACGCAUUGUUAACGGGUACCUUGUAACAGAUAGCCUGGGAAUUAGUGCUGUACUUCUAGUUAAAAGAACUAGUACUGGUAUGUUUGUCUGUGGUGGAACCCUCAUAUCACCCAAACACGUUCUUACAGCCAGCCACUGUAUUGUUGAUAGCGUAGAUCAGAUAUUACCUGCAGCCAACUUAACCAUUGGCUACAACCAUUACAAGAAGGAGGAGCAAAAGUUUGCCAAUGUUAAAAAGGUAACCGCCCACCCGCAAUAUCUUCCACAAGGGCUGGAUGCCAAACUGGAUAUUGCAAUUCUAGAGCUCGAAGAUCUGGAGUUCACAAAACAUAACCAACGGGUUCCCAUUUACGACGGUUCCAUUGAAGCUAAUCAAAACAUGUUUGCUGUCGGGUGGGGCCAGACAGAAGACGGCGCAGAGAAUCUAUCGGUUCUUAGGGGUGUGCUGGUCAUGACCGGGAACAAAACGAUGUGCGGGGGUGAAUCCAGCGAGUUUGUCGAUAAUAAUGGCCCGCAGAUAUGCACACCUGGCGCGCUUACUCCGUACCACAGUAUUUGUAUGGGCGACUCAGGCUCUGGACUGUAUGUAAACUACAAGAAAAAACAAACAGUUGCGGGGGUGUCCAGUCUUAUAGUGAAUUACGGUGAGAGUGAGUGCGGUAAUACUAGUGGGCACCAGCUGUUUGUGCGUGCAGCGUAUUAUAUGGACUUUAUCAUGGAAGCAACAGGUCUAACCAGGGAGUACCUGACUGGACUUACUGAUAAUUUAUAGUCCGUUGAAAUUGAUGACAAUUUAAUCAUUAAUUGAUUAAUUUUUUAGUUGUUAAACAACAACAUUGCUUGACAGGCACGUGUGUUCAAUCUACUUUCUAUUUUAAAGUCUUUGUAUUUUUUCUUUUUAAAAUUUAUUUUCUAAUGUUUGAAAAACUGAG